AUGACUAGUGAAGAUGGCAAAGAUGAAUAUAGCCAAAAUCUGGUGCUUCACAAAUUGGUACACUAUCAGCAGCGGUUCAGCUGGGACUGCGGGGUGGCCUGCGUGAUGAUGUUAUUGGAACAAGAACAGCGUCUCUACUUCCUGCAGAACUUUAGCGCCAUAUGCCAAGAGGAAGGUUUCAACCAGUCAACAUGGACUAUUGACCUAUGCUACUUGUUGAAGAGAUUUGGCAUCGAACACACUAUGUACACCACAAUGCUUGGUGUCAAUGAAGACUACAAAAAACACAGCUAUUAUGAUAGAAUUUCGGAUUUGGUGAGUGGGCACUUUUUCCUAGAAUUAAUUACUAGACAUCACACACGCACUAAAAUAUAGUACAGUAGAAGUCCUUAUUUGUGGGCGAUAUGUUCCUUAAAUUUGCUACGAAUACAGAAAACAUGAGUUCCAAAAAGCAAUAUGUAUGUUAAAAUUAUUUACUUUUUUAAAGCUUUCCUUGCGGCAGUAUAUGUCUAUCUUAUAUCGUAUCAGUAUAAGGGAUCAAAAUGGGAGUGUAAGUUCGUAUAGUAGUCAUAUAGUGCAUUAAAUCAUUACCAAAGAAACCAUUGUUUACUAUUUAAUUUGUCAUUUGUGAUUAUAUUCCAUGUCAUCCUUUUCGAAAUCCAUUAUUAAAUGAUUUACGGUCUUCACGCAGGAUUAAAUAAUGUUUUAAUUUAUUAAAAUCGAUACAUUUGUUAUCGCUAAAUGCAUAUAUGUUAUAUUUGUUAAUUACACGAAAAUGUCACAUUUAGCUACUGAUCACUAGAUGACACUACUAUUAAAACGGGAUUUUGAUUUUUGUUAUGUUUGUAAUCUUACAUUCAGAUUUUUAUACAAUAACGUAGCUUUCGUUUACAAUUUUGCGAUUUUUUUAAAUAAACUCGCUAGAAGACGUUAUGGUAUUAUUAAAACGUGGUUUUGAUUUCGUUAAUGUUUUUUUCGUCUUUAUUGGUUUUCCGAUUUUUGCCGAACAAUUUUUUUUCUUUUUAAUUUUGCAGUUACAUUGUCAACAAGGAACCCUUAUAGAUUCGUCAUGUGUGUCUGUCUGUCCGUCGGUCUGCGGUUAAGCUCAAAAACAAUUUGUAUUAGUAAUCACGCCAUAAAAUUAGUCACACCGAAAAAUAGUAAAAAAUAAAUUAUUCUUCCUUCCCUGCAUGUAAAGUUGAGGUUGAAAAAAUUUUUAUGUUCGCAUUGCGUGGGGUAUCGUUGGAUAGGUCUUCCAAUAAUAUUAGGGGUGUGGGGAGAUCUGAAUUUUAUAGUAAACUACCAACUAAAUGGUUGUUGUUAGAAACUCAACGAUACCGCAGUAGUGUAUAUAAAGAAUUUGACAGGAAAACUAUCACAUUUAAGUUGGCUUUACAAACUUACGAGUAAUACGGUCAGUUGCAUAAAAGUCUAGUAACGUUUAAUGACGCCUUUAAGCUCUAAUGAAUGUCAAAUUUGUAUGGGUAAUGUCGCUUUAAACUAAUGACAAUUUUAAUGGACGUUAGUGUAGCUGGCUGAAAAUAGAGUAAAUGUAUUUAUUAUAUUGUUGAAGCGGCUAUAGAAAUGCAUCAUAUGUGAAAAAAUCAAUUGUCUAAUUUUUACAGUUUGUAAGACACAGCCUGGUGACAGACAGACAGACAGUGAAGUCUUAGUAAUAUGGUUGUCGUUUUACCAUUUGGGAACGGAACCUUAAAAUUUAAAGAUGCUGCCGAAAGUCACUAUUCCACGCAGAUGACACACACAGCUAGUAUAAUGUAUAUUGAAACGUAAUGAAUAUAUCGCACGUUGAGAAUGACAGUGACACAAUGCAAAAAAUGCGAUUUUGAGUAAUGAGUGUUUAAAGUUCAAGAAAUUGUAAUCAGCUCCUCUAAACAACGUAUCGUCACUAUGCCACCUAGCAGUUUCUAUACAAGCUACGUUCACAGGGAUCUUUGCAUUUUAAAGUUUAUAUUUAACAAAGAAAAAUGUUGCCAAAAGUAAAAAAUACGUCGUUUUUGCUUAGUGACAUUGUCAUUCUCAACGUGCGAUAUAUUCAUUUCGUCGCGUCUUAGGCUUAUGGCCUGGUAAUUUUUCUAUUCGACAAUUUCUUGCUGGUACUUCUACACAAUCUUCCGCCGUAGAUUUUCAAAGUGAUGGCGUAGAGUUUCGACUUUCACAUAUGCCCGUAACAGCCUAGCCUGAAUAAUUGAUUUUGUAUUUGAUUAUGGGUUAUUGACCUUCGCUGUGAUGUAGGAUCGGGAGCGCGUGCGUGGUCGUUUCCGUUCUGCUCUGAGCUCGGGAGUAAGGGUGGUGCGUGGCGCACUGCCCGUGCGCGAGGUGGCGCGGCACGUGCUCACGCGCGGACCCGCGCUGUUGCUACUCGAUGCCGCACGACUUGUGUGCCACUGGUGCGGGCGUGACCAGCUCACCGCUGAACUCAGACGGUGGCUACGUUUCAACAGGGGGUACCGAGGUCACUACGUGCUAGUGGUGGGUGUGCGCGGGAGUGCGCUGCUGUAUCGCGACCCCGCGCACGCAGCACCGCGACUGUGCUGUGCGCCCACGCGCGCCCUGCACCGCGCCCACCACGCGCCCGGCACCGAUCACGACGUCAUACUCAUAAACAGGGACUAUACCUCAUCUGGUGAGCUCUUUUUGACGAAUCGAAUGUUUCUUAAGCUCUUUACAGACUGUGAAUAUAAGAUUUUAUCGUAAGAUAACAUAUUUUGACAUCUUAAGCUAUCACACACGAUUAAGAUAUGAUAAUAUUUUGAAAUCCUUUACAUUUUUAAUAUAAGUUUCCGUAUCUUAGGAUAUAUAUUUACAAACUACAAAGCAAUACGGAAAUAUAUAUUUCGUAGCUUAAGAUAGUUCUUAACCUACGAAAUAUAAUUUCAUAUCGCUUGGCAUUUUAAUAUCUUUAAUAUGAAAAUAUUACAUUAUCUUAGCUGUGUGUGUUGGAUUAUUGUAUUGUAUGGCAAGUGAUAUUUUAUCUUAAGAUAUAAUAUUAUAGUAUCUUCACUGUCUGUUAUGAGCUCUAUAUUUGAUUAAUUUUUUAUUCCUUAUGUUGUAAUUAUCAUAGAAAAAAAGGCUAUAAAAAUUGUAUUUCAACCAUUACGAGUCUAA